UUUUCGUAACUUUUUCCGUUUUAUUUUAACUCAACAAUGGCUGAAGAACUGAUUGCAAAGCUGCGAUUUGAAAAUGCUUCAUUAAUUUCUGAGCUGAAGAAGGGCGUCAGUAAGCUGCAAAUAUAUGUCGACGGAGAGAAAAAUAAAGCUUUGACAGAUUUGAAAAUACAGACAUAUAAACAGUCCGACAAGCCAACGGCACGUAGCAAACUAGAUUUUAGGCCUAGCUCAAAUAAGAAGGAAAAGAACAACCGUAUCCCAAAACCUCGGCUCAAAACGGGGAUAGAUAACCAUUAUAGCUUUUCAAGGGAUCCAGAGACUGUUGUUACAAGUACACCGAUGGCUCAAAAGACUGCCCUUGAAUCUGAGGGAAACAUACGACGCAAAAGUAACAAGGUGACAAGGACGCCAGAUCGCUGCAACUUUAGAAAUCCAGAGAACGCCCAGAGGACACAACCGAAAUCAAUUCUACGGACACCGGAUGCGCGCAAGACUCCAAAGUCUCAAAAAACCAAAGUCUAUUUUCCUUCAAAUUGCAUUGAAACAAAGAUAUAUAAGCAGGAUAAUUCAAAUACAGUGCCUGAAAAAUCAUUUUUGGGUUAUGAUUGGAUUGCUGGCCUAAUUGAUAAUGAAAAUGAAGCUUUGACAGAAAAUGAUGACUUUUUCAAUGAGAUAAAAGAAUUUAGAAGGGUGAAUAUGGAUGAAUGCAUAAGCAGUAAAGUUAUGACAAGCUCUGGCACACCACAAAAAGGAACAACCUUAAUACCUCAUGUUUUUGACAUGAAAGAAGUCACUUCCCACAAUGAAGUUACUGAUUUUUGUUCUGGAAGUACCUAUACAGUUGACAAAAGGCUACUGCCUGUACCUAUCCAUGGUCCAUAUUCACAAUGCCCUGUAUGCAAGACAAAACCAGAACCAGAAACAGAAUAUGCAGAAAGUUAUGUUAGGGUGAGUGUACCAAGGUCAUCUCUGAAGUCUCCUUAUAGAAUCAAACCUCAUCGGCGGAAAAGCUUCGAUCCUUCGGACUCAGUUGCUUUAUCGGAGCACUGCUUAGCUGGUUGGCAGUGCGCUCGGCCAUCUUAUGCACCAGGACCUGACGUAUUGGAUCUCAGAUCAAGUAGUAGACAUCCUGGCAAAGUCUUAUCAACGGCAACAGAAAAUAAAAUGACGUCAUACCACCAAACAACAGAAGAUAUUCUUAAUUCAACCGUGAGGAUGCGACAUGGGCUGCAGCUGCUAGAAGGCAAAGAAAACAGACAAAGACGGGCAAAUACGACUGCUUAUCCCGCAUUUUAAAGAGGCAUUGCAAAUAACUACAUUGCAGAGUCUAAAUGGCGCUUACCUGCUUUCCAGAUUUAUCAACAAGGACCUUGUGGCCCAAAGGCUAAGAUAGAGGUAACAAGUCUAAUAUUUGGAGCAAGAUGGAGAUUUGUUUAACUUACAACUAUUCAUAGUUGCCUACAACUAAUGAUGCUUGUAAAUAGCUUGUUUUGAUUUGAAGAGAUAAUCAAUUCAUUCGUA